AUGAGUUUCAUUGCCCUGUCCCUGCUGGUGGGUCUCUCAGGUGUCUGGUCGCAGAUCCAGUUGAUCCAGUCCGGAGCGGAGGUUAAAAGAGCAGGAGACUCUGCAAAACUCUCCUGCAAAGUGUCCGGCUACACGUACACUGACCAGGGCAUGCACUGGGCCCGGAGGGCUCCGGGGAAAGGCCUGGAAUGGGUAUCUUCAAUUACACACGGGGCUGGGGACACCCAGUACUACGCAGACUCGGUCAAAGGGCGAUUCACCAUCUCCAGAGACAACUCUCAGAACCUGCUGUUCUUGCGCAUGGCCGGGCUGAGGCCUGAGGACACCGCUGUGUAUUACUGUAUCUCCCUUCCUUACUGUAUCGUCCUGGGCAUCUUUCCUUUGCCCAAGUCCCUGAUUGUGCAAAUAGAAGUCAACAGAGCUCCAGAAUUUGGAGCAUCUGGAAGGAUCGGGAUAAAGGCCCUGAUUCAGAAAGGCACUGAAGGGUCCUUGUCCACGAGGAUAAAAGCCCUAUGGAAGGAGACCCAAAUGGGGCUGGAGAACCGCACCCAGGUGACUCAUUUCAUCCUCUUAGGGAUCCCCUACACUGAGGGCUUCGAGACCAUCCUCUUCUUCACCUUCUUAGCCUUCUACCUCUGCACCCUGCUGGGCAACCUGCUCAUCUUCUCAGCCGUCCUCGUUGACCCCCGCCUGCACACCCCCAUGUACUUCUUCCUCUGCAACCUCGCCGUGCUGGACAUGGGCAUCUCUUCCCUCAGCGUCCCCAAAUUGCUGGCCAGCCUCUGGUUCCAGGAUAAGGUCAUCUCGCUGGGCGGGUGCAUGGCCCAGGUCUUCACUGCUCACUUCCUGGGUAGCACGGAGUGCCUGCUGUACACCGUCAUGGCCUUUGACCGGUACGUGGCCAUCUGCCACCCGCUGCGCUACCUGCUCAUCAUGAACCGCCGGGUGUGCGCCCUCCUGGCUGCCAGCAACUGGAUCGCCAGCUCCUUCCACGCCACCAUCGUCACCAGCCUGACCUUCACGCUGCCCUACUGCGGGUCCAACGUGGUGGACUAUUACUUCUGUGACAUCUUCACUGUGGCCAACCUGGCCUGUGGGGACAAGUACAUCUUGGAGACCGUGGUCUUCACCAACACUGGGGUGGUGCCCAUGAGCUGCUUCGUCCUCAUCCUCGCCUCCUACGUCAGGAUCGUCUUCUGCAUCCUGAAGAUGAACGCGGGUGAAGGGCGGCGCAAAGCGACCUCCACUUGCGCCUCCCAUCUGGUGGUGGUGACCAUGUUCUUCGGGCCCUGCGCUUUGAUCUACACUCAGCCACAGCUGAGCAAAGUGCUGGUGACCCCUGUGAACAUUUUUGGCAACUUGAUCACGCCCAUGGUGAACCCGGCCAUCUACACGCUGCGCAACAAGGAGGUGAAAGCGGCUCUGAGAAAACUGAGAGGGGGUCAGAUGCCUGCACGUUGA